GUUUAUAAGAAGCUUCCACCCUGUGGUUUUCACCAACCAAUUAGGGCGAGCAAUAGAAUUCCGUGGUUGUGUACCGAAAAGUUUCAGUUGAACGUCAACACUCUUCAGUGUCAUUUCUAAACUUCAUACCGUUUAUACAGAAGGCUACAGUUCUCAGAAAUAACAGUAUGAUAGUAGUAAGUAAGUCUGUACACUUUGUGGUAUUGUUCGUCAUUUUUUGCAAUUUCGCGAUUUGCCAUGCGUGGGACAGUGGUUUGCAACGAAAGUACGAUGGAUAUGGAAAAGACUGGAUUUUCAUGCCCGAUGGAAACGGAAAACCACAAGUAGCGGUACUGCAACACGCGGAAAGUGAAAAACGGGUCAUUUUUGACGAGGCGCAAGUUUCCUAUCUUCUUUACACCAGGAAUGGUCCGAAAACGGGCACUCAAUUAUAUACGAACGACACUGCAGGACUUGCCGGUUCCAGCUUUAAUCCAUCUCGAAUAACGAAGAUCAUAACUCACGGAUGGAAAUCAAGUGCAAUGAGCGCCGGUCUUGUCGACCUGAAGGAAGCAUAUUUAAAUUACGACGACUACAAUGUCAUUAUGAUCGAUUGGCAACCGUUGGCUGCGAGCACGUUUUAUCUUGGGCCAAUGCGUAACACCGAAAAAGUUGGAAAGACUGCUGCUGAAUUCAUUGAUUUCUUAGUUGCAGAAACGGGUCUGAAAACUGAAAACGUUCAUUUUCUUGGACAUUCUCUUGGAGCACACGUCGCCGGAAACACUGGAAGUUCAGUGACGUCUGGUCAUUUAGGAAGAAUAACUGGUUUAGAUCCAGCUUUGCCAGGAUUCCACUUACUCACAACCGACAAAACUCGACUGGAUUCUACGGACGCGUUAUUUGUUGAUGUUAUUCAUUCCUGUGGCGGAGUAUUAGGGUAUUUGCAACCUAUAGGUAGCGUAGAUUUUUACCCGAACGGUGGAACGGCAAUUCAGCCGGGCUGUUGUUGCGUUGCAGAAGUUGUAGAGGCAUGCAGUCACGGGCGAUCGUAUGUCUACUUCACGGAAAGCAUUAAUCCUAAAAUGACGUUCGUGGGAAAGAAGUGCAAUACGUGGGAUCAAUUUAUGGGUAACAAUUGUAGUCAUUCCGAUUCUGCAGUGAUGGGAGAAUACGUUGACAAAACGACUACUGGAACAUAUUUUCUAAAAACCAGAUCAGAAGCACCCUAUGCUUACCAGGAAGAGAUAACCGAUAACACGGUUUAA